AUGACUUGGCUAAGAACUGGCCGUCCUCCACCAAUCACUCAACUCUUACGGACACUCUUAUCCAGGCCUCAGCUAGCUGCUUACAUUACAACUGUACACCUUGACGGCAAUCUCUACGAUCACUCCCUUUUUCAAUUCAAGAUUCCUAAACUUCCGGUCUCUGGCGCUGAACUGGACCAACCGAUCGCAUUCAUCCAGGGCACUGGAGCCCCCUAUAGCGACCUUUGGAUACAGGAAUUGCGCCAAGGUUCUAUAGAUGCUUUUGUUGCUCUUCUAUUAGCACAGCUCUCGAAUGUGAGAUAUCUGUACCUUGCUAACGACUUCACUCGACAGAGUGCACUUGUCGGUAAGGUUCUCCGAUCUGCGAUCUGUGAGCCCGUGCAUUAUGGCCUGCCCGACUUUCGGCAUCUCCGAGAUGUCUCUUUCCUCAAACCCGACGGUCAGGAUUGGGCCCGCGACAUGAAGGUCAAAACUACUCUAGAUGUCUUGCCAUUCUUUUAUCUGCCGAGUGUCCAACGCAUGUCAGCUUCGAUUGAGAACCCAGCUGAAUUUACGUGGCCUGCAGCACAGUUACCUGUCCCAUCAAAGCUUACAUCACUUGAGUUGACCAUUGUGCGGGAGGAGUAUCUCAGUGAACUGCUCGCACUCACCCAGAACCUUGAAACCCUUCGCUGGCAUUGGUAUUUUGAUUAUGGUGUCAUAGACAAGUUCACUACGCCUAUCGUCAAUCUCGAUUGGAUUGUUGCUGUGAUAUCUCGUGUUCGAGGUACUCUGACGGAUUUGACCCUCUCAGCCGAGUGCGGCUUAGGAGGUGGUGACCAAUUCCUUCCUGGCAUAAAGAUGGUGGGGUCGUUGCAAGGGAUGGUUGGUUUCGACAAGCUCAAGAGACUUCAGGUCCCCUGGCCAUUCCUGGUGGGGUUCGCACAGGACAUGACGAACCGAUUGCAGGAUGUGAUCCCAAGGAAAAUCGAAUUUCUAACCAUCACGGACGACUUGAGGCCACAGAAUGAAGAUGGAGUGGUAAAGACAUUGCCUCGAUGGGAGUGGACGGAUGACGCCAUGCUAGGUUUGCUUCAAUUAUGGCUGAAGGAUUGGAAGGCAUGCACGCCGCACCUUCGUGGCAUUACUCUGCUACUAAGCUGGAAUGACGACAAUGAAUGGCCCCCAAGGAUGAGGGACCAACUCAGGGAACUAGGCGCUCACGCAGGUGUUCCACUCGAGCUAAUCGAGUUGGAUGUUGAUAUUCUCGGAUAUUUAUCCUCCCACAUUUGA